CAGUAAAUAGAGACAAAAAGUCUUGUACUUGACUGUUGGGUUCAGUGUUUUAUUCUGUUGCUUGGAAGGUAUUUUGUUUUUGGGUUGAUGUUGGUGCUUUGUGUUUUGAUACUUCAUAUGUAUGUAUAAGCUAUGUUCAAAAGAGAAAUGCUAACUUUGAUUUGUUUUGCAUCUUUCAUAUUGAUAGUGUAGAGUCUGUAGACUCAUGCAAGCUGCAGUUUUGGGAGUUUGCACUCUGUGUACAGCCUGUUUGGUUCAAUUGUUCCAGUGAUUACUUAUGAGAAUCUAAACCUGUUCAAUCUCAGAGUCUAAUCUUAACAAUUCUGAAACACUGCAUCCGUCCUUGCCUCUUCAUCCACAGUAUAUUCCUCAUGAAACUUAAGGAAGCAUGAACUUCCGUCCCAUGGUUUCCAAGUUCGUACAUGGCCCUACUUCUCACCUUUCUCUAGCCAGUUUUCCGCCAACAAACCAUUUCUGUCAUUUCCCCAGGCUUGCUUUCUCCAGAUGCAGUCCUGCUCUCUUCUCCAGAACCAAUACUGAUUCCCUUCCUUAUGGACCAUCUCUUUUAAAGGGCAAUCUCCCACCCUCUUAUUGCUCACAAGAGAAGGAACAACAUCCUUGCCAGUGUAAGGGUAAGGAGGAAGAAGAAGAGGAUGACGACGGUGUGAUUGAUAAAGAGGGCUUUACUAGGGUGUUCGACAUAGCAGCAGUUCGGGUCCCUUCCAAGUACUGUUUUGUUCUUGAGAGUAGAAUUCGAGGUCAUUUGCUGAAUUGGCCUAGAAUUCGCAACAUUGCUAGAGUUCCAGGUGAUGACGUGGAAGAGGAAGUUGUCCAUUUGUUAGGAGAGUCUCAUAGUUGGAGCGGAGAUGAAGAAGCAGGUAAGCUAACUUCUCUGCAAAGGAGAAUUCAUGGGAAAGCAGAGGUGGAUGGCGAGGAAUUGAGUCCAGUUCUGUACAGGGAGAGAUUGGCCAAGGAAUUUAAUGCGAAGGGUUUUGUUAAGUUUAGGAACUUGGCAAAGAUUUCACGGCCUAAGAAGACGAAGAUGAAGCAGAAGGAAGGAGGUAGAGGUGGACAGGGAGAGGGAGAGGGAAGACAUGAGAACAAUGAGUUUGCAAUGUUGGAGGUUGUGGAAGAAGGCAUUGGAGAUGAGUGGAAGGGCUUGUUAGGGGAUGAGUUUAAUGGAAGGAAGAGAUGGAUGGGCUCAACAAGGCUUUUGCUUUUGGAUGAGAGAUAUGCCAACAAGACAUUGGAAGGGUUGCCCCAAGCUGUCAAGGCUGCACUGGAAGAAGCUAUGAGCGAGAACUUAGCACAUUCAUUUGAGCUUGCUAGAUGCAAGCUCACUUUGUUCUAUGAUUACUGGCUUAUGAAUGAGAUUUUGGAGGCCUUGCUCCCGAAGGAUAUGAUUAUUCCAUCUGCAUUUGAAACAGUCGGCCAUAUUGCACACCUGAACCUGAAAGACGAACAUAUACCAUAUAAGAAGAUUAUAGCAAAGGUGGUUAUUUGGGAUAAGAACAAACCAAAGAUACAAACAGUAGUGAAUAAGGUUGAUGCCAUAAAUAAUGACUACAGAACUAUGCAGCUUGAAGUCUUAGCGGGGAAUCGCUCUCUUGUCACGACGGUAGUUGAUAAUGGAUUGAGAUUCCAUGUUGAUUUAGCUACAGUGUAUUGGAACUCCCGGCUUGCAACCGAAAGACAAAGACUUCUGCAGGGAUUUACACACAAAGAUGUUCUUUGUGACGUCUUCUCUGGUGUUGGUCCGAUAGCUAUAUCUGCUGCAAGGAUAGUAAGACGGGUUUACGCCAAUGACUUGAACCCUUAUGCAGUUGAUUACUUGGACAGGAAUAGUGUUCUCAACAAGCUUGAGAAGAGGAUUAAGGUUUUCAACAUAGAUGGGAGAAGGUUCAUUGAUGCUAUGUUCACGAGUGAGAAAGCUCAGUCAAUCACCCAUGUGGUCAUGAACUUGCCUAAAGAUGCAGUCGAAUAUCUAGAUGCUUUCAGGGGUGUAUUCCGUGAUAAAAGAUUGAAAGAAGAUUAUACUUUCCCGACAAUCCACGUCUAUGGAUUCUCCAAAGCUAAAGAUCCCGAAUUCGACUUCCACGAGAGGAUAAGAAUGGCACUGGGAGAGGUGGGAGUGAAUGUCGAGAUGCGGAAGGUUCGCCUUGUUGCCCCUGGGAAAUGGAUGCUGUGUGCUUCCUUCCUUCUCCCUGCUUCUGUAGCAUUCGCUGCUACUGAUACACAACAUUAACAGUAUAACAAUAAACAAUAGAUUUGUUGCACAAAAAUUGGAAACUCUGCUUAGGGACUGAAAUGCCAAAUGUAUGCAUGCCAUACUGCUUCCGUCCCCAUCGAUGCUGUCUUCCUUCUAAAAUCGUCGCUGUUGUUUUUCGAAUCUACGUCUCCUUGCAACAGGGUGUGGUGUCGUGGUUAGUCACCUCGUUCUUUAGUUUUGAUUAUUACUUUCUUCAACAAAUGACUGGCUCGAAACCAGGGGAAAGAAAAGAUCAUUGACCAAUGAAAAGCAACGGAAAAGAAAAAAUGGCUUGAACCAGAAUACGCCAAUACCAUGGACUGCACCAUUUUCCUGCCGGCCGUUGCACGCACAGAGUCAGCCCAUUGUUUUUAGCUUUCUCCUCCUUCUCCCACCAAUCCCACGGCUUUACCGAAAUUCACUCCCCAAGCUACUAAACAAAUGGCCGCACUUUCCAUGUAUAUAUUACCAAAUCCUCUCCCUCACCAGCCACCACCGACCUUUUCACAACUCGAUAAAUAAACCCAGAAAAAAGCAGACCCUAGUAAAAACACAGAAGAUCGAAUAUGAGUUCAGCAGCGGCGGCGAGCAAAGCCUGGAUGGUGGCGGCCAGCAUAGGCGCGGUGGAGGCGCUCAAAGACCAAGGGGUGUGCCGGUGGAAUCACGCCAUGAGAUCGAUCCACCACCACGCCAACUCCAAACUCAGAUCCCUCGUCUCUCACCCGGCUAGAAGAAACCUUUCUUCUUCAUCAUCCUCUGCUUCGGAUGGGGAGAUGGCGAGCAUCGGUGGAGCUGCGAGGAAAACAGAGGCCUCGUUCGACAGAGUGAUGGGGUUGGGCUGUUUUGGCCCCACCACCACCCGGUUCUAGAUUAUGUCUUUUCUUGCAAAUGUGCCAAGAUCGAAAGCCCGUAUUGAUGCCGUUCUGGUAGUAGUAGUAGGAGUAGUUUGAUGGAGGAAUCUGAGCCCAAUGUUUGCUCAAAGUAUUGGU